GAAUGUCAGCUUCCCUCUAGACGGAGGUGUGUGGUUCCAGAACAGCAGAACAGCUUUGUUCCAGAUGCUACACAAACGCUUGUGUACUUAUUUCUUUUAUUUAUUGAUUGACGGAUUUGUAGCUUUGUGUACUUGUAUCAUGUUUGGCUUGUGAUCUGUGUUUUUUGUAAUGUCUGUUGAGAUGGAGGCCUCACUCUCUAUUGCAAACCAAGUCUACCUACAGGUAUAAAUAAGAGUAACCUGAACCUGAUUAAACUCUGAAUAAACCAAUGUUAUUCGAGACGCACAAAGUCAAGUAUCUAUUUCAAAUCCUGCUCUGAUAUUUCUCUCCAGACUUCCCUUCUGAUACUUAAUGCUAUAAUGUACUAACCGGUACUAAGUACACUAAAAACAAACUAAGAGGUAAUGUUACAAAGAUCUUGUUUAACAAGGAAAGACCAGUUAUGUAAGUCCAAAGUCACGAGGAGAGCAGAGUCCAAAUGGCUGAUAUGUUUUUAAGUGCUUGAUGUACUGUAGUGUUGAAAAGCUCAGACCUUCUUCCUGCUGCUGGUUCAACUCUAUUUUACUAUGUGGCUCUUUCAUUUUUUGUUAGGUUUUGACCUAAAGGGGUUAUUCCUGUUUAUGGUUGUUUUUUUCAUAAUAGCUGACAUCUUCAAAAACAGGAAUCCUGCAAAUUAUCCUCCAGGACCGUUGUCUCUUCCCAUUGUGGGGAAUGGGGAAAGGUAUAUUUGUUCCAUAAUUCGUAUUCUGCAGCUGGCGGACAUCUACGGGAACGUGUUCAGCGUCCGCCUCGGUCGAAACAAAACAGUGUUUGUUUCUGGGUACAAGAUGGUGAAGGAAGCCAUAGUGACGCAAGCCGACAACUUUGUCGAUCGACCAGACAACGCAAUGGCUGAUAGAGUUUACUCAGGAGACUCAGGUGGUCUGUUCAUGAGCAACGGGGAAACAUGGAAGAGACAGCGACGCUUUGCAUUGUCUACCUUGCGUAGCUUCGGCCUGGGAAAAAGCACCAUGGAGCAGAGUAUCUGCGAGGAGAUCCGACACCUGCAGGAGGAGAUAGAGAAGGAAAAAGGUGAACCUUUCAACCCAGCCAGCCUCUUCAACAAUGCUGUGUCCAACAUAAUUUGCCAGCUGGUGAUGGGGAGGCGGUUUGACUACUGUGACCACAAUUUCCAGUCCAUGCUGACGUAUCUCUGUGAGAUUCUUAGGCUGCAGGGCUCUGUAUGGGGUCUGCUGUAUGACUCAUUUCCAAGAGUGAUGAAGCACUUGCCGGGUUCUCACAACAAAAUCUUCAGCCACUACGAUUCCCUUCUGGACUUCAUGAAUAAGGAGGUAGAGAGUCACAAGAAGGACCUGGACCACAGCGAUCCCGGGGACUACAUCGAUGCGUUCAUCAUUGAAAUGGAGAAGCACAAUGAAUCAGAUCUGGGCUUCACUGAAGCCAAUCUGGCUCUGUGCUCUCUGGAUCUGUUCCUGGCGGGAUCAGAGACAACCUCCACCACUUUGCUGUGGGCUUUGGUUUACCUCAUGAAAUACCCCGAUAUUCAGGACAAAGUCCAGGUUGAAAUAGACGGAGUGAUCGGACGAAGCCGACAGCCCAGUAUGGCAGACAGACCCAACCUGCCCUACACUGAAGCUGUCCUCCAUGAGAUCCAGAGAAUGGGAAACAUCGUUCCUCUCAACGGAGCCAGAAUGGCCACCAAGCAUACAACCCUGGGCGGUUACCUAAUACCCAAAGGUACUACCGUGAUGCCCAGCCUAACCUCUGUGCUGUUUGACAAGACUGAAUGGGAAACUCCACACACCUUCAACCCUGGACACUUCUUAGGUGCUGAGGGAAAGUUUGUGAGGAGGGAAGCGUUCUUGCCUUUCUCCGCAGGGAAACGAGUGUGUCCCGGGGAAGGCCUGGCAAAGAUGGAGCUGUUCCUGUUUUUGGUUGGUUUACUACAGAAGUUCUCUUUCUCUGUUCCUGAUGGAGUAGAGUUGAGUACAGAAGGAAUAACUGGAGUUACCCGUGUACCACAUCCCUUCAAGGUUUACGCAAAGGCUCGCUGAAUCACUUUACGUUUCAUGUACACAAUGUGUAAUAAAAAGGACAAAGCAGCUUUUGUAGAGAAGCUCAUCUCAACCUUU